GCGGGGGCGGCCUACGGGCCGUCGUAAGCGGGCGGAGCAGACGAGGUAUCUGAAGGGCGCUGCAGGCGACAGCGCGGGCCUGGCGUCUGUGCAUUCCUCACUCUUAGCUGGUGAAGAAUGGGAGAGCUGGAAGGAACCUACCGCGUCCUGCAGACCCCAGGGACACGCCUAGGUGCCCCGACCCCCGCGGGCAUCAGCACCCUCGAGCCUGGGCAGGGCCCCUCGGCAACAGCGGCGUGGCCAGCGGCCAGGACACCCAUCCGAGUGCAGCUGCUGGACAGCUCCGUUGAGGUGUUUGACGUUGAGCCUAAAUGCGAUGGCCAGGUGUUACUGACCCAGGUGUGGAAGCGCUUGAAUCUGAUAGAAUGUGACUACUUCGGCUUGGAGUUUCAAAACGUCCAGUCCUGCUGGAUCUGGCUUGAACCUAUGAAACCCAUCGUUAGACAAGUACAAAGGCCAAAGAAUACAGUGCUUCGCCUAGCAGUGAAAUUUUUCCCACCUGAUCCGGGUCAGUUGCAAGAAGAAUAUACACGAUACUUGUUUGCCCUGCAACUUAAGAGAGACCUUCUGGAGGAGCGUCUGACCUGCACAGACACCACGGCUGCCCUCCUGGCGUCCCACCUCCUGCAGGCGGAAAUAGGAGAUUAUGAAGAGGCGCUGGACCGGGAGCACCUGCGGGCCCAUGAGUACCUGCCGGGCCAGGAGCGGGCCCUGGAGCAGAUCCUGGAGCUCCAUCGGGGGCAUGCGGGCCAGACGCCUGCCGAGUCGGAUUUCCAGGUGCUGGAAAUUGCCCGGAAGCUGGAAAUGUAUGGCAUCAGGUUUCACACGGCCUCUGACAGGGAGGGGGCCAAGAUCAACCUGGCCGUUUCCCACAUGGGCGUCCUCGUCUUCCAGAGCAGCACCAAGAUCAACACUUUCAACUGGUCCAGGCUCCGAAAGCUCAGCUUCAAGAGGAAAAGGUUUCUUAUCAAACUCCACCCAGAGGUCCAUGGGCCUUACCAGGACACCCUGGAAUUCGUGCUGGGGAGUAGGGACGCGUGUAAGAACUUCUGGAAGACGUGUGUAGAGUAUCACACCUUUUUCAGACUUUCUGAUCAGCCGAAGCCCAGAGCUAGAGCCAUCCUCUUCAGCAGAGGUUCCUCCUUCAGAUACAGUGGAAGAACUCAGAAGCAACUAGUGGAUUAUGUCAAAGAUGGUGGGAUGAAGAGGAUUCCAUAUGAAAGAAAGCACAGCAAGACCCGGAUGUCUCUCCGCGCCCUAAAUGCCAACUUGCCAAGGCAGAGCGUCUUGUUCACCGAGGGCACAAGGACUCCCGCGUCCCCGUCUUCAACAAGUGCCUCCUUCUGUUCGGGCCCCGCCUCCCCUCCAGCCUCCGUGGGCCUGCUCGGUUCCAAGGACAGCAGCGGCUCCCCGACGGGGCCCCGGGCUCCCAGCGCCAGGUGGCCAGCUGCAGAGAGGAGUGGCGUGGCCGCGGCCCCGCCCCCCGGGCCGCCUGCAUUCCAGCCUUGCCAAGGCCUUUCCGUGGAGAGUCCUCAGCUUCCCUCCACCCGGAAGACCCCACCGAGCCUGAGCCCACUGGGCCCAGCCGAGCAGGGCUCCUCUCCCCUGCUGAGCCCCGUCCUCAGCGAUGCUGGCGGAGCCAGGAUGGACGACCAGGAGGAGCUGAGACACAAGUGUGCGCCCGCGGACGAGGCCUAUUUCAUAGCAAAGGAGAUUCUUGCUACAGAGCGAACAUACCUGAAGGAUUUAGAAGUUAUUACCGUGUGGUUCCGGAGCGCUGUGGUCAAGGCGGACGCCAUGCCUGCGGACCUGACGACCCUGCUGUUCUCCAACAUCGACCCCAUCUAUGAGUUCCACAGAGGCUUCCUGCGCGAGGUGGAGCACAGGCUGGCGCUCUGGGAGGGGUCUUCCAGUGCCCAGGCCACAGGCGACCACCGACGAAUCGGGGACGUCCUGCUCAGCAACAUGCUUCAGUUAAAGACGCUCACCCGCCACUUCCAGAGGCUCCACGAGGUCCUGACGGAGCUGGAAGCGGCCAGCAGGCGCCUGCGGAGGCUGGAGGCGCUGCGCCGGGACUUCGAGCUGCAGAAGGUCUGCUACCUGCCGCUCAACGCCUUCCUGCUGAAGCCGCUGCAGCGCCUGCGCCACUACCGGCUGCUGCUGCACCGCCUGUGCGCCCCCGACCGCCAGGACCCCGACCGCGGGGACCAGGACCGCGCCGACCGCCGCGAAGCCCUCAAGGCCAUCACGGAGGUGACCUCCACACUCCAGCACAGCCUCGUCCGGCUGGAGAACCUCCAGAAGCUGAUGGAGCUGCAGCGGGACUUGGUCGGCAUAGAGAACCUCGUUGCUCCCGGCAGGGAGUUUAUCCGCGAGGGCUGCCUCCACAAGCUCACCAGGAAGGGCCUGCAGCAGAGGAUGUUCUUUCUGUUCUCAGACAUGCUGCUGUACACAAGCAGAGGUGCCUCGGGGACCAGCCACUUCCGGAUCCGGGGACUCCUUCCGCUGCGCGGCAUGCUGGUGGAAGAACGUGAGAAUGAGUGGCCUGUCCCGCACUGUUUCACCAUCUACGCCGCUCAGAAGACCGUCGUGGUGGCAGCCAGCACCCAGCUGGAGAAAGAAAAGUGGAUGAAGGACCUGAACGCUGCCAUCGAUGCAGCCAAGAGCAGCACCGACACGGCCCUGGCACCGCCAGGCAGCGUACUGUGCCCCCUUCCCCGUGGGCCCUCCGACGAGGUCUCUCUGGAGGAGUCGGAAGACGACACCGAUGGGGCCCGCUGCUCCUCAGGGGGGCCGGGCCAGCACCGGGUCAGCACCGCCAUGCACGUGUGCUGGGACCGCACCACCAGCAUCUCCAGGGCCGACUGCAGCGCGGCCGUCGAGAACCAGCUCUCGGGAUACCUGCUGAGGAAGUUCAAGAACAGUAAUGGCUGGCAGAAGCUCUGGGUGGUCUUCACCAACUUCUGUUUGUUCUUCUACAAAACUCACCAGGACAACUGCCCCCUGGCCAGCCUCCCGCUGCUGGGCUACAGCGUGAGCCUCCCCGGCGAGGCCGACGGCAUCCACAAGGAGCACGUCUUCAAGCUCCAGUUCAAGUCCCACGUCUACUUCUUCCGGGCUGAGAGCAAAUACACAUUAGGGAGGUGGAUGGAGGUGAUCGAGAGCGCCAGCACCUCACCAGGGAGGGCCGGGACCCCCGAGGAGGAGGCGUGAAGCCCACCCUGCUCGGCUGAGGACAGAGCCGGGCCAGCACGUGCCCACGACUGCUUGUCCCGUGUCCCCCCUCGAGACGGGUAGUGGGCGGGCCUCAUUCACAGGGACACCUGGGAGGGACACAGUCCCCCUCAAGACCCAGUCACUCCCUCAGCCCCGUGGGGCAGCAGGACUAACGCGCAUGUGCGUGGACACGGGCCGGGCUCCGUGCACUGACGAGGCUGGUGCUCACCUGCCCUCUCCCCGCCUCCAGAGCAGGACCCUGCCCUUCAGGCUGGGUGAAACGGGGGUGGGGACAGGGCCCCCGCGUCACAGCUGCAUGGAAGUCCAGCAGAACCCACCCUGCUGCCCACCCCACAUAUCUCUGCCAAGUGGAAAGUCCCCGUAAUUUAUCAGCCCCCAGGAAGUGUGCUGUGCUAAUGUGCAUGUGGUUAAAAAUAAAGGGCAUCGCCUGUG